AACGUAUGAUGUAUUGUUAACACCACUUCCUUUACGUUUAAAAUAAACGCACAAAAAUAAUAUUAGUCAUAAUUAAUAAUUUUACAAAGGUUGCAUUCUAUCAUAUCAUAUAUUCACAUUCAUGUGAUUAAUAUUCAUAUUCAUGUGAUCGUGUGUGCGAAUGCCGUCAUCACUGCGAUUGUUGCGUCACUGCUAACAAUACUCUGACGUCACGUACCACACUUGGCGAGCUGCUGUCCUGGGAUUGGUGAGCUGCAGGGAGCUACAUCUCACUAAUUAAUGCUUAAGUUUACAUAGGCAUGUGAGUGUUGGCCCGGCGCAGGUCACUGCUGUGUGAAGCGAAACAAAAUCGAAUGUGAGCAUCUAGACGAUAGCACCAUGUCAAACACACAGCUCCCAUCGGGUGACAGUGACAGUAACAUCAUGCCAGUACAAGAAAUUCAACAGGACCCUGACAACAACAGGUCAGAUGACCCCGAUAAUAACAUGCCAACAACAGAUCAGCAGUCAUGUGACUUUGAUAAUAAUAUACCAACAACAGAUCUUCAAUCACGUGACCCAGAUGAUACUGGCAUAUCAACAACAGACACUGACAUCGUUUUCCCAACAGGUGGAGCCAUGGAUGAACGUAAGGCUACCAUUUUUGAAGCUGUCGAGUUCAAUGAAGAAAAUGCGGCAGCCAAAUUGAGAAAGGCUAUGAAAGGAUUAGGUACAGACGAACACAUGAUCAUCUCCAUUCUCUGUGAACACAGCAACGCACAGCGGCAAAUCAUUAAAGAGCGAUACAAGACAGACUUUGGCAGGGAUUUGGCAGAGGAUCUGAAGUCUGAUCUAGGUGGUCAUUUUCUCACCCUCUGUCUGUACAUGCUGAUGCCAGCUAGGUACUUUGAUGCAUUCUGUCUAAGGAAGGCAAUGCAGGGAGCUGGUACAAAAGAAUCUACACUGAUAGAAAUUUUGGUAUCAAGAUCCAACGAACAAAUUAAUGAAAUAAAAGAAGUUUAUAAAAACGAGCUCUUCAAUAGCGAUUUGGAAGAAGACAUCGUGUCAGAAACGUCUGGUGAUUUCAGACGUGUGCUUGUAUCCUUACUGAUGGCCAACCGAGAGGAGAGCCAGGAUGUUGACGACGAGUUGGUGAAGAAAGACAAAGAAGACCUAUACGAGGCAGGCGUUGGCACCAUUCUGGGAACGGACGAGGACGUGUUCAACAAAAUAUUCGUGUCACGUAGUCUAGCACACCUCCAGAGAGUGUUCUCCGAGUACAAGAAAUACGACACACAGGAUAUUGAGGAGGCCAUCAAGGAGGAAAUGAGUGGCCAUGCUCAGGAGGCCUUCCUGUCCAUUGCUCGAUUCGUGAAGGAUCCUAUGGUGUAUUUUGCAACCUGUUUUGAAGAAAGUUUUGCUGGCCCUGGUACAGAUGAUGAAAGGCUCAUGCAACUGACAGUCUCUCACUCAGAGGUUGAUCUGGCCACCAUUGCUAGGGUUUAUGAAGAGAACUAUAUGAAGAGCUUAAGUAAUGCCAUCAGGAGUGAGACCUCAGGAGAUUACAGAAAACUACUGAUAAAGAUUCUUGAUCCUUCCAAAACAAACUAGUAUUAGACUUUUCUUGAAAACACACAAACACAAAUGUGAUGUUUAAGAACAAUUCUCAGCAGAACCAUCUGUGAUAUUUGAUUUUAUUAGUGAAAUAGUUUUCUACAUGUACUUUUGUGCACAAUCAACACCCUUCUCAUUUUCAUUCCCCAUAUUUCACUUUGAGAUUAUAAGUCACAAACUAUUAAGCCCCAUGUGUUUUUCGAAGCGAUCUUUGUGCUAAGAUCACCUUAAGUGCAUUAGGUUGCUAUGCACUGAAGGUGAUCAUAGCGUUAAGAAUGCUUCGUAAAACGAGGCCCAGGCCUGUAGAAAACAAAUCAAUAUAGAAAUCGAUUACAAAGACUUCAGAUGAUUUCUGUGGAGGAUCAAACUGGUCAUAUUCAACACAAAAUUACUUAACACAACCCAAAUGCUACAUCGGUCUAAAGGGUAAUGAUUUUGUCAAUGUCAAUAAGAACACACAAAACAACUGUUGUCAGUCUCAUACUGCUGGCUCACAACAGACAAAUUCAAGUUCUCCAACAGUUGGAAGUUUGGUCAAAACAUGCAAAAUAACUAAAUACCACUUACCAGUUAAAAACUAGAUUUUUAAUGAACACGGACAUGUUUGUUUUCAGAAUAAUGAUCUUUAUUUAUGAACCACGUAACCUUACUCAUCUAUUACUGAAAUUACUAUAAUAUUUAUUGUGAGGAUUAUUUCUUCAUUGUGUAGUCAGCUUCCCAGUAAAUAUCGAAAUAUUAAUCAUAUACAGCAGGCUUCUCCAAAUAAUCUGACAAAUAUCCACGUGGGCUACAUUCUAUACAGACCACAUUGCGGAUGAUUUACAAUGUUUAGGAAGUAGCUUAACAUAACCAACUUUAGUAAACAGCCUCCUAGUGUAAUACAUAACAUCCUGUAACAGGCAUCUAAAUACCAUAGCUCACUAAACACAUCUGCAGCAUAUUAUAUCACACUAAGUAUGACACUGCCAUCAACUAUCCAUGUUUUUUCAAGAAGUCAUCAUCACACUGGUGUUUGGCUCCGUUUUUAACAUACCCUUCUUAUUUUGAAAUACAUCCUUUGUGAUAAUGCCUUGCACAAGCAACCAAGCAACCUCACAUUAAUGAUAAAAAUAUGUACAUCUCUGUUUCAUCCAAAUUGUUUUUUAAUUGUGUUUUUUUUUUGGGUGGGGGGGGUAUUAGGUUUGUUUUUUCUUCAAGUUAGAUAUUGAUAUAUAUUUUUUGUAUUAGGUUGGCUUGCCAAGUUAGAUAUUAGUACAAUGUUAGUAAAAUUUACACAAUUUGCCAAAAUCCGUUUUUAUUUUACAAGUGCUUUGCCAUAACAAUGUCUGUUGAAUGAA